AAUAAAAAAUGUCCUCGCUUGACAGAGUAAAAGUAUUAGUCUUGGGAGAUUCAGGUGUUGGAAAGUCAUCUUUAGUUCAUCUGUUGUGCCAUAACCAAGUUUUGGGAAAUCCUUCAUGGACAGUUGGCUGUUCUGUGGAUGUCAGGGUCCAUGACUACAAAGAAGGCACACCAGAGGAGAAAACCUACUACAUUGAACUGUGGGAUGUUGGAGGCUCUGUGGGAAGCGCCAGCAGUGUCAAAAGCACCAGAGCAGUUUUCUACAAUUCAGUUAACGGCAUUAUUCUAGUUCACGAUCUGACCAACAAAAAAUCCUCCCAGAAUCUGUAUCGCUGGUCAAUGGAGGCACUGAACAAAGACUCCUCUCCUACAGGGGUCAUUGUGUCGAAUGGGGAUUAUGACAGAGAGCAGUUUGCAGACUCCAUCAUCCCUCUCCUGCUAAUUGGCACCAAGUACGAUCAAAUCCCCGAAAACAAGCGGAACGACGUCCUGACUCGCACCGCCUUCCUGUCUGAAGACUUCAACGCAGAGGAGAUCAACCUGGACUGCACAAAUCCACGCUAUUUUGCUGCUGGCUCAUCUAAUGCUGUAAAACUGAGCAGGUUUUUUGACAAGGUUAUAGAGAAGAGAUACUUCAGCAGAGACCUGAGUCAGAUGGCAGGCUUCACAGACAGGAAACGCUUCAACUUCAAGAGUCUUCACUACGACUGAGCGCGUGAAAACAUCACUGUUCCUUACGAUUUACCGAACUCCUCAUCACUAUAUCUGUGUGCGUGUGAAGUAACACCACUUAAAGAUGUCUUGUUUCUUUUAAUGUGAGAUUGUCCGAGUAAAACUGCAGAAUAAGCACUAAUUAAGUUGUGUUUACAUAUUUUCACACAUUUCACCCAUACUUCCCAGCUUCUUCCCAGUCAAUCAUUCGCAUGUGAAAACGUAUAAAACAUGUAGAUGAAGACAACGAGCCUGUAUUGUCUUUAUUUUCUGUUAAAGUUUAAUUCGUAAACACCUAGGUACUUGAUCUUUAUUCACCUUCAUGAUCCACAUAAUACACUUACUCAGACAAAAUACUUUCUCUGUAUCUGCUAUGUAAUGAUUAACAAUGAUUUCUCCUUAAUGAACAUGAUUAUUGUUUUUUGUUGUUUUUUUUUUAAUUCAUGCAGUUUUAUAAAUAGGUGUAUUUGCUAUAUUAGCAAACUUGUACUUGUGUAUAUAAUGUGUACAUGAAUCAGACGAAUAAAGAAACUUUUUUUUCCUCACACGA